AUGCCAUGGACUUGCAGAGAAUCCACAAUUUAAGAGACUUUCGCUGGUUCUGUUCCAACACCUGCUUCCACUCUGGACACCAGCAAAUCUCCAAUCCAAUAAUUCCUUAUGUUGGACCAAUUAUAUCUGAGGGAUUAAAACCAGGAAUGGCUCUUUAUGUUCAAGGGGCUGUUCCUGAUAAUGGCAAACAGUUUUCAAUCAAUUUCCAAACAGGCCAGAAUAAAUUUGAUGACAUCGCAUUUCACUUCAAUCCCCUGAUCGGUGAAUAUGUAUAUUUGAACAGCUUCCAAAAUGGAAACUGGGAGGUGAAGGAAAGUGUCCCUGAUGAGUCCUUCACCAGAGGAGCAGCCUUCAAUAUGUUCAUUGCCAUUAAGGCAGAUGGUUAUGAGGUUUAUGUGAAUGACUUAAAACAGUCCACGUUCCAGCAUCGCAUUCCUUUAGAGAAAGUUACUACACUCGCCAUUUGUGGAGAUGUUAACAUUGAGUUUUUUGGUUUAUGCGAAAACUGGAGAAGAUCUUUCUUCACAGAGCAAGCAAUUACAAGCACAGUGAGCUCAUUGUCAAACAUGUUAACAAUCCCUUCAGAGGUGUCCCAUCAAGUCAUUCAGCCUGUACUUCCACAUGUGGGUAAAAUCAGGGACAAGCUAAAACCAGAGAUGGCAAUUUUUUUCCAAGGAGUUCUUCCUGCACAUCCAAAAGAGUUUGAGAUAAAUUUACAGACUGAUAGUGAUGACAUCGCUUUUCACUUCAACCCUCACAUUGGGCAAUAUGUCCACCUGAACAGCUUCAGAAAUAGGCUUUGGGAGAAGGAGGAAUGUGUCCCAGAUGAAAUCUUUACCAAAGGAGCAGCUUUCUAUAUGUUUGUUUUCAUUACUUCAGAAGGUUAUGAGGUGUAUGUGAAUGGCUUGCAGCAGUGUAUGUUUAGACAUCGCAUUCCUCUAGAGAAUGUUUCAACAAUUAGCAUUUAUGGAGAUGUUACAAUCCCCAUCUAUGGUUUUAUUAAUAACUGGAGCAAAUCCUUUACCUUUAUGGACCUUUUAAAAAUCACAGGCAUGGACAUCUCAUUUUCGAGCAUGCUACCCAUCCUAUCAGAGGUUUCACAUCCAGUUAUCCUUCCUACACUUCCCUAUGUGGGUACAAUUAAAGGGGGCAUAAAACCAGAUAUGGCUGUAUUCUUUCAAGGCACUCUUCCUGCACAUGCCAAAAGGUUUGCAAUAAAUUUCCAAACUGGGCAGUCUGAUAGCGAUGACAUCGCUUUCCACUUCAGCCCUCGCAUUGGUCAAUAUGUCCACCUGAAUAGCUUUAGAAAUGGCAGCUGGGAAAAGAAGGAAACUGUACCUGAUAAACCCUUCACCAAAGGAGCAGCUUUCAACAUGUUUGUCACCAUCAAUUCUGAGGACUAUGAGGUCCAUGUGAAUGGUGUGCACCUUUGUACAUUUAAGCACCGCGUUCCUUUAGAGAACGUUACUACCCUUGCUAUUUUUGGAGAUAUUUCGAUUGCCAUUUAUGGUUUCAUUGACAACUGGAGUAGAUCACCUUUAUGUAUGGACCAAUCAAAAGUCACAGAACGUAGGAGCUUGUUGUCAAAACAGCUGUCCAUUCUGUCAGAGGUUUCACAUCCAGUCAUUCAGCCAGCACUGCCUUAUAUGGGUACCAUUAAAGAAGAUAUAAAAUCAGAUAUGGCUGUUCUGUUCCAUGGGGCUGUUUCCAAAUAUGGCAAAAGCUUUGAGAUAAAUCUUCUGACAGGAGACUCUGGUAAUGAUGACAUUGCUUUUCACAUCAGUUCCCAAAUUGGUAAAUCUUUGGCCCUAAACAGCUUCAUAAAUGGCAGCUGGGAGACUGAGGAAUAUGCAACUGACAAUCCCUUCACUAAAGGAGCAGCGUUUGAUUUGGUUGUUGUUAUCACCUCGUUUGGCUAUGAGCUAUAUGUCAACAACUUGCAACAUUGUACAUUCAAACAUCGAAUUCCUGUGAAGAAAGUUUCUACAUUUGGUAUUCGUGGAGAUGUUACCAUUAACUAUUUUGGUUUGAUUGAAGAACUUCCAGAUGAUGGUGUAACCUUAAAAGAAAUAAAGACAGACAUUGAUGUAAAUUUUGAAGUGGUUCAUCUAGAAGAUUCCACUGAUGCAAUGGACAUCAAACUUACUGAACAUGGAACUGAAAACUCAACUGAAUCCUGCAUAGUAACAGAAAGUAAAGAAAUCGUAGACAUGUCAUUUACCAUUGAGAGCCUGAUAGACAUCCCAUCAGAAAUUUCACAUCCAGUCAGCAAACCUGAACUUCCAUAUGUAGGUGUAAUUCAAGAAGGAUUAAAGACAGAUAUGGCUGUAGUCUUUCAAGGAGAUCUUCCAGCAGAUGCCAAAGAAUUCACAAUAAAUUUAAAGAGGGGUGAGAGUGAGGGGGAUGACAUCGCUUUCCACAUCAACCCUCGAAUUGGUGAUGUAGUCGUGCUAAACAGCUUUAGAAAUGGUAGUUGGGAGGAAGAGGAACAUGCUUCUAUCACAGCCUUUUCUAAAGAAGCAGCCUUAAAUAUGUUCAUCAUCAUCAGCUCAGAGGGAUAUGAGGUCUUUGUGAACGGUUUGCAACAGUUUACAUUCAAGCACCGCUUUCCUGUAGAGGACGUUUCUACACUUGAUAUUUCUGGAGAUGUUACAAUCAACUACUUUGGAUUUGUUGAAAAUUGGAGUGAAUCCUCAAUGUUUGUGAAACUGAAUGAAAUUCAAGACGUGUCUAUUACUUCCGAGAGUGUAAUCGAUGUCCCAUGUGAGAUUUCACAGACAAUCAGCAAACCUGAACUUCCAGAUGAUGGUGUAACCUUAAAAGAAAUAAAAACAGACAUUGAUGUAAAUUUUGAAGUGGUUCAUCUAGAAGAUUCCACUGAUGCAAUGGACAUCAAACUUACUGAACACGGAACUGAAAUCUCAACUGAAUCCUGCACAGUAACAGAAAGUAAAGAAAUCGUAGACAUGUCAUUUACCAUUGAGAGCCUGAUAGACAUCCCAUCAGAAAUUUCACAUCCAGUCAGCAAACCUGAACUUCCAUAUGUAGGUGUAAUCCAAGAAGGAUUAAAGACAGAUAUGGCUGUAGUCUUUCAAGGGGAUCUUCCAGCAGAUGCCAAAGAGUUCACAAUAAAUUUAAAGAGGGGUGAGAGUGAGGGGGAUGACAUCGCUUUUCACAUCAACCCUCGAAUUGGUGAUGUAGUCAUGCUGAACAGCUUUAGAAAUGGUAGUUGGGAGGAAGAGGAACAUCUUUAA